CUCGGCACAGCAGCCCGGCGUGGGGGUCUGCGCCCAGGCUGAGCACUCAGAAUGGCUCCCAGUAACACCCUCAUGAUGCACAUGGAGGAGAAACUGCUGCCAAAAGAGAAGAAUAAACUGAGGAAGCCGGUGGUGGAGAAAAUGCGCCGCGACCGGAUUAACAGCAGCAUCGAGCAGCUGAAACUGCUGCUGGAGAAGGAGUUUCAGAGACACCAGCCCAACUCCAAGCUGGAGAAAGCCGACAUCCUGGAAGUGGCUGUCAGCUACCUGAAGCAGCAGAGCCAGCUGCAGGACCCAACGUUCGUUCACAAGAACCUGGAGCAGGACUUUGCCAGCGGGUACCUGCGGUGCCUCAGAGAGGCUAUGCACUUUCUCUCCUGCUAUGAACCCAAGAAGGAGACCCAGGUGCAGCUGAUCAGGCACUUCUGCAAAGCUCACAUGGGUGCAGAUGCUACGUACUCUCCUGCUCUGCGUAGUCCACCUCUGUCACCCUGUCUGUUUGCCAGAAAGCAACCUGCCCAGAAGACUCUGGCUGCUGCUCCUACCAUCUGGAGACCUUUUUUUCUGAACCUUGGUUUAUUCCUCUGUUUUGCUACAAAAACUAGAGGGACUUGUGAUUUCAUAGUUCCUCUUUGA